ACAACGUUCAGCUCGUCCAAAGACAGACAGCAGAGCAGAGCUUGCAAGAAGCGAUGGCCACGGCCAGCACAUUGCUUACUGAGGAUCAGUUCCAGUGCUCCAUCUGUCUGGAUGUUUUCACCCAGCCUGUCUCUAUUCCAUGUGGACACAACUUCUGCAAGGCCUGUCUCACCAGGCACUGGGAGGGCAAAGAUCUGUGCAAGUGUCCACUGUGCAACGAGAAGUUCACCAAAGAUCUCAAACUUCGGGUCAACACUGGAUUCAGGGAGGUGGUGGAAAAUAUCAAGAAACUUCAAGCAAAAGCUGACAAUGCUAACCCUGUGAAGCCAGGAGAGGUGCCAUGUGACUGCUGCCCUGAUGACAACCAGUCAAAAGCCUCUCAAACCUGUUUGGUUUGCUUAACAUCUUUCUGUGAGACACACCUCGAGCCUCAUCUAAGAGUUGCAGCUUUAAAGAGGCACACACUGACUCGUCCUGUGCAGAACCUGGAGGACCAAGUAUGCAAGAAACACAACAGGAUGCUUGAGCGCUUCUGCAGGAAUGACCAGACAUGUGUCCUGUGUACAGAACACAGCGCUCACGAUACAGUCCCUUUGGAGGAAGCAUAUGUAGACAAGAGGGCUCAGAUAGGGAGGAAGAAGAAGGCGGAAGUGCAGGAAAUGAAGCAUAAGCGUGGAAAGAGAGCUCAGAAGAACAAGAACAAGCGUCAAGGCAAAGCUGAGGCUAUGGAUGUGAUACAUCAGACACAAGAUCCUCAGGCUUGGUGGAUUCAAGACCACCAAGUCAACAGUUUUGGCAGAGUUGGGGUCCUUCCUGAAUGGAGAUGCUACCGUGAGGUUCAGGCUGAAGGGGGCUCCAGCGAGGACCCAGCGGUGGAGGGAGAGUCGAUGCAAGGGGUAAAGGUGUUCACACCUAACCCCAAGGAUGGAAACUGGGUCGUAAGGGCGGGGUCUCUGAAAAACGUUACGACUCUACAGCGAGUGCCAGUCCAAGUCUUCUGGAUAACGACACAUGGGAAAGUUGAGGUGUUUGUGGACUAUGACCAAGGAUCGGUGACCCUCUACGGGGUCGGGAUGGUGAGCACCACUUUUUGUAUCAGCGAUUUUCAUGAGAGGAUUUAUCUUUUCUGCAGUCAUACAUCAGGUGAGAGCUGGGUACAGAGGCUGCGACAGCAGGUUGAGAGGAUAACAGAAUGUUUACAAAGUCCAGAGAACAAGUUCGGCCUUCGUUGUAUUUUAUUUAUUUUUGUAUUUAUUUAUUUAUUUGUAUUUGUAGCUGUUUUUUGAUUCUGUGUGUGUAAACCAAUAUUUAAAUCAUGACAUUGGAUUCAAAAUGUGUUCCUGCUACAGUGGUAUGAAGGGUUACAACAAGCAUCUCCCUCCAGUGACAAACUCAUCUUUCACAUAUUCAAAGGUAAACAUUUUUGAUAACGGUUCGUAUUCAGUGAUUUUGUAAAUGAAAAUGAAGUUUUAAUAAAAUAUUUGUCAUGCUUGUUUCUUCA